UACUUUCUCUCUCUCUGUCUUUCUCUCCCCAAAACACCGCAGAUUGAAAUACUAAGCUCUGUAAGGAUAGAGAAAAAAAAAAUAUAUUAUUAAAUUGGGGAAUUUAACAGAGGACGCUACUGAGGAAGAAAAAGGGGAGUGGUCUGGAUUGUACACGGAUGAUGAAUAGGUUAUAAAUGGGGACGCGGCGGUGAAAUGUCAUUCAGUAUCACGGAUUUUUAAAAGUUAAACAUCUCCAGGGAACACCUCAGUGCCGGUUGAGCUCGAGUUCAAGCCUGAAACAGUUCGUUUUCCUGCUCCGUUUGGACACGAAGACAGAGCCGAGAACACGAACGAGACCUGACCGUUAAUUAAACACGGAGUGAAAUAUCGCGAGAUUUCAAAACUUGUUGAGAAAACUACUAAAAACAACUUCAUCGUGAUCAUCAUGUCGGUUCUGUCGGUCGCUGAACUGAGUCGAGGUGGCUUCAACGGCGUGAUGACGGAGUUUCAGGAGAAGCUCAGGCAGCAGCAUGAGAACUCCAUGCACAAGGAGCUCGAGAAGCUGCUCUCCACUGCCAAGGGUGCCGAAGCUGAGAUCUCCAGGAAAGAUUUCGAGGGGUUUAAGCAGCUCUUCCACAGGUUUCUCCAGGUGAAGGGUCCCUCUGUGGAAUGGCCCAAGAUCAACAGACCUCCCGAGGACUCGAUCCAGCCGUACGAGAGGAUCCGGGCGAAGCCGUUACCGCAGGGUGUAGCUGCGAGUCUGAACAAACUGGCCGUGGUGAAGCUGAACGGAGGUCUGGGAACCAGCAUGGGCUGUAAAGGGCCGAAGAGUCUGAUCAGCGUGCGCAAUGAGAACACCUUCCUGGACCUGACCGUGAGGCAGAUAGAGCACCUGAAUAAGACGUACAACACUGACGUCCCUCUGGUCCUGAUGAACAGCUUUAACACGGAUGAAGACACCAAGAAGAUCCUGCAGAAAUACACUCACCACCGCGUCAAAAUACACACUUUCAACCAGAGCAGAUAUCCCAGAAUAAAUAAGGAGUCUUUGUUGCCGGUGGCGACCAACAUGGGUCUGACGGGGGAGAACUCGGAGGCGUGGUACCCUCCGGGCCAUGGAGACAUCUACACCAGCUUCUAUAACUCUGGCCUGCUGGAUCAGCUGAUCCUGGAGGGCAAGGAGUACAUCUUUGUGUCCAACAUCGAUAACCUGGGUGCCACCGUCGACCUGCACAUCCUCAACCACCUGAUGAGCCAACCAGCCGAGAGGCGCUGCGAGUUCGUCAUGGAGGUCACCGACAAGACCCGUGCUGACAUCAAGGGUGGGACUCUGAUUCAGUACGACAAUAAGCUCCGGCUUCUGGAGAUCGCCCAGGUUCCCAAAGCGCACGUCGACGAGUUCAAAUCCGUCACCAAGUUCAAGAUCUUCAACACCAACAACCUGUGGAUCAGCCUGCCUGCUAUUAAGAGACUGCAUGAGCAGAACGGCAUGGACAUGGAGAUCAUCGUUAACCCCAAGACUCUGGACGGCGGUCUGAACGUGAUCCAGCUGGAAACGGCGGUCGGUGCUGCUAUUAAGAGCUUUGACAACGCGCUGGGCAUCAACGUCCCGCGCAGCCGCUUCCUUCCGGUCAAGACCACCUCCGACCUGCUGCUGGUCAUGUCCAACCUGUACAGCCUGGACGUGGGCUCUCUCAACAUGAGCGAGAAGAGAGAGUUCCCCACCACGCCGCACGUCAAACUGGGCAGCUCCUUCACCAAGGUGCAGGACUUCCUGCAGAGGUUCGAGAGCAUCCCGGACAUGCUGGAGCUCGAUCACCUCACCGUGUCCGGAGACGUCACUUUCGGCAAGCAGGUCACUCUGAAGGGCACGGUGAUCAUCAUCGCUAAUCACGGAGACCGGAUCGACAUUCCCGCCGGAGCAAUGCUGGAAAACAAGAUAGUCUCCGGGAACCUGCGCAUCCUGGACCACUGAAACCACACAAACCAGACGACACAGAUUUAACCGUCCUUCGUUCAAGCCGUCGUCGACCUCGGGCCUGUUACAGUGUGUAUGGAUGAAUUUUAACGCACUUAGGGAAUCGCACGUCCCUCGCACUCAUUUCGAAUGUGAAACCGUCACGCUCGGCUGUCCGUGGCUCGACUGAACACGUUGAAGCUCCCAGCGUGAUUGUUUUAGUUACUGAUCCAGGAUCUGCUGCACCUUCAGCUCAUAACACUUACAAAAUAAGAGUGCGAAUGAUAGAGUGGGAAUGCUGAGUCCAGCCUAGUUACCAUAUACAAACCUCUGUGUACGUAAAAGCAGCGUGUCGACUGUUACUCGGAUGUCCCGCAUUUCAGAGAUUAAAGUGCAAUAUGCAGUUA